AUGACUGAUUCGGCCAUCCGCCGCACGCUUGGAAUACAACGCCAGUAUUCAAUAAACGUGGCUGGUAUUGCCUGCAAUGAAACCAGUCAAAUCACUGGGAGGGGGUCGGUUGCCCCCACAUUUGAGCCACAAUACCCGCACUUUCAGCCUCCACUUUAUACUCAGAAUCCGCAAAAUCUCAAUAAACAGAAAAUUCUUCAACAGCAGAGUAGCUUCACGCUAUCCCCAUCAGAACCGUGUACUCAAAGUUUCUCCUGCAUUUCACCUAGCCUAGGCGGAUAUAGCGCAGGAUCAUUUGAGGCAGCAGGUAACCUAAAAUCGAGUUCUCAGGGACACUAUUUACAACAGGUUGCAAAUGAAUACUCCACUGUUUUGUCUUCUGAGAAAAUCAGCGAUGAAAAGCAUGGAACUAUGCAUUACUUAAGUGUGGUGGAGUCGAACUAUCCACCUACGUCAAGCAAUACUGCAAUAGGUUGCGCGCAUUACAUUUGUCAAGCUCUAGUGAAACGAAGCAAGGACUUCAUGGUAGUGGCGAACCAAACUCUGAGCCAGCCUGUUUUUCGGAUGGUAGACGCCGAGGUGGAGGCCAUCACUCAGCGUCUCCCCUUGGUGGGGUGUGUAUAG